AUGCAACCUAAAACAGGAAAUAAAUUUAUUGAUAUGUUACAUGAGAAUGGAAUUCCUAUUGGAAGUUCAUUAAAAGGAAUUGAACAGGCGUUAAAAACUCAAAGAGAAAUUGAAAAUAAUGAUCCAACAGAACAGAUAGCUAAAGCUGUUUUUGAAAAAUUUCAAAAACAAAUAUUACCAGGUCUUGUUGCAAAUAUGAUUGCUGGAAAAAAUCCAUUUCAAAUGCCAGGAGGUGGACCAAUGCCUAGAAUGAUGGCACAAUACCCUUCAAAUGUUAAUCCAAACGAUCCACCUUUAGGUUCAGAUUUAGCUAAAUAUUUAAAAGAAAACUUUGAAAAAAGUGUAAAACGACUUCAAACAAAUCAAUUUUCCAUGAAUCCUGUUGUUGCUGAGAGAUUGGGUAAUAAUAUCGAAAUAAGCAAAAAAAUACCUUCAUCUGUUAAUAAUUAUAAUGAUGAUUAUACUGAUGAUAGUGGAGAAAUUGAAUCAUUUCCAACAAGAAGUAAACUAUUAGAUGUUGAUAAAUAUGCAGAUAAGGAAGAUUUUAAUGAUGUUUUUAAAAGACGUAGAAAACCAAGAGCUACAGAUAUAGAAGAAUCUAUAAGUAAAUUCAUAGCAAAUGAUCCAAAAGCAGCAUUAGUUCUUGGAUUAAAUGAUAUGAAUUUAGAAAGUGAUAGUAGUGUAAUGACAAAUUUACGAAAAUCUCCUAUUGAAUUAUCAACAAAUUUACAAAAAGAAUUAGUUCCUAUGAUGACACCAGAAGAAAUUAAUUAUGCAUUAACAGAUCCAGAAGAAUUAUUAUCUCCAAUAAAACCAAUAACAAAUCCUAAUCCUCAGCCUGGUUUUGUAAUGCCAAGAAAAGUACCUAAAAGACCAAGAAAAAUGUUGCCAUUAAUUAUUGGUGUUACAAAUGAUGAUAUUUUAAAAAAAAAAAUGCCUUUUAUAGAAAAUAGUGAGCCCAAAUCACCAUUUUCAAGUGAAACAAGAAAAACUCCCUCUAAACUUCAACAAUUUAGAAAUGAACAUAGUCGAGUUUUAGAAAAUUUAAAAAAUAAUCCAGGUUUAGUUGCUUUAUUUGAAGGAACUGAUCUGGCUGAAAAACUUGAUAAACCAUCAUUUAUGUCAAAUGAACAAAGAGGUUUUAGUGGUACACGUGGAAAUGCAAUUACAACAUAUCCACGUAUGUAUGCUGCUAAAUUAUUUGGUGAUGAACCAAAUAUUUAUGAUAAAAAAACAAAACAAAUUGUUGAGGAAAGAGAAAUUCCUCCACUUUUUUUUGUACCAAAAGGAAAACAUACAAGAUUAAGGUGGGUAACAGCAACAGAACAAGAAAUUCCCGGAAUUGGAAGUAGAUUUAUUAUACCAUCACUUGAUCCAACUAGGCCAGCAAUUAAUUCAGUUGUAUCAACACAAGGAAAAGAAAGAAAUGAAUAUGAAACAACUUGGAAAAUACCAAAUGCUUGGAAAUCUGGAGAUAUUUUUGGAAUUUCGAUGAAUACAAAAUCUGAAAAAUUAAUUGGUGGUGACGGAAUAGUAGAUUUUCCAGCUAUAGGGCGUGACGUUAUAUUUGGGUAA